AUGCCUGCAAACCGCAAACAAAUGUCCCAACCUGCUAGCUCGGGCACCACGGUGCCUCAGAUAGCCUGCACCCGAUGCCGGCGCCGCAAGAAGAAGUGCGAUCAUGCUCUGCCGACCUGCGGCCAAUGUCUGCGAUCUGGAGUUGAAUGUGUGCGAUUCCUAGAGCGCAAGCCAAGAGACUCUGCUGUCGUUCCCUGGGAUUUUGUCAAGCACCUCGAGGCACGCAUCGCACGACUGGAGAAGCGUGUCUCCAACUGCACGUGCCACAGAUCAGAGCAGCACUCCCCUUCACAAGCUACUGCCUCAUCAAACCACACGUCACCACCUCGAACUUGGGUCGAGGUGCCAGACUUUGUGCAUCAUGCUGAUCAUUCAGAUGCAGAUGCAGAUUCACGCUCUAGAGUCAGCCUGAACAUCGUCCAGUCGCGCUCUGAUGUGUCCCCUUUGGACUCACACAUGCAUAUGACGACUCCACCAGCGAAUGAUGAGGGAAAUAACCAAAACAGUGGCCAGCAUCUUCCCGUUCGAGAGAGAGAUUUGCAUAAUUACCUCGAAUACGUCCACCCGAAUUGGUCCCUCCUAGAGGAAGACGACUUGUCCGAAUGGUUUGCGGCCCAUGUCAAACAGCGCAUCACUGAGAAGGACCACUACAAGUCAUUCUUCGUGCUCCUAGCCUGCGCCAUCGGAGCCUUGUAUUCGACGCCUUCAGAAGGGGCAUCUCCACAGCACGAACGAUCCCAGGCGCUGCGCAAAGAGGCGGUUUCUCGUCACCUGCAACAUGCCACAAGCAGGUCUCCCACCAUGCGUACGCAGGCAUAUCUGCUGAUAGUCAUUCAUGCGCUUCAUUGUCCCACUCCAUUUGAACUGCAUGACAUCACAAAUGAAGCAAUCUUGGAAGUGACCUCGGCACUGUGUAACCAUACUUCAGGGUUAGCGAUGUCCCCCGAGAUGGAUGAGUCGAGUGGUACCCAUAGAUUCGUGCUGUUGCCCUGUUUCUCAGCCUACCAAAUCAUUGCUUCGUUGUGGAGCAGGCCAUUUCCGAGCCUUGUGGCCAGUAUGGAUAGAAAGAUCGAAGAGCAAGGUUUCUGGCUCACUUAUGGUAUCGAGCAACUAGACGCCGCAACUGAGCAUGUGUUUUCGGUGAGAGUCAUUCAGUCCAAGAUUCAACGACUAUGGAGCCCAUCGCAAGGACAGGGCAGUCAGGAGUGUCAUCGCAUCGCGGGUGUCAGAGGUAUAGCGACUGAGCUGAUGCAGUGGAGAGCCAUGAUCCCUCUCGUUUCAAAUCAUGCUCACAAGUCAACUAAUUCACAUCCCUUGGCCAUGCUGAAAUUAUACGAUCUCUGCAUUUUUAAUCUUUACCAAAAUGAGAGCCAUGUUCCAGAUCGUGAAGAGACAUUGGCUCUACUUUUUGCUGCUAGCGAAAGUAUUCGGUGUUUCCGCCGCAUUCAACUUCAUCGUCCUCAGGUCUAUUAUACUUGGAGCGGGCUGUUUGAACAGUUCAGAGCUGGUAUUACACUAUUGUCAUGUUUCUGGGAAACUGAUCACCCCCGGCGGGCAGUGGUAUUCGCAGCUCCAGAGACGCACCAAGCUCUUGAGGACUGUGAGCUUACGCUGGAAUGCUUCACUCGUCGAUGGGAAUCCGCCUGGGUAUUUCUCAAGGUCUACAAACUGAUAUUGUCCACAACACCUUUAUGGCCACGGGAUGAGUCGGACUUUACAGUCCCAAAGGCCACAGCCGAAAGGUUGUCGCCGUUGGUCAGACAAUUGCAGCAAUCGAGAGUUUCAGAAGCUGUGAUAUCAAUGAUUAAUCGGGUCAUCGCUCGAGCAUAG